AUGGACGUAGACGUGGACGUGGACGUGGACGUGGACUUCGACUUGGACGUGGACGUGGACGUGGACGUGGACGUCGACGUGGACUUGGACAUGGACGUGGACGUAGACGUGGACGUGGACGUGGACAUGGACAUGGACGUGGACGUGGACGUGGACGUAGAAAUGGACGUGGACGUGGACGUGGACGUCGGCGUGCACGUGCACGUGGACAUGGACGUGGACGUGGACGUGAACGUGGACGUGGACGUGGACGUGGUCGUGGACGUGGACGUGGACAUGAACGUGGACGUGGUCGUGGACAUGGACGUGGACGUGGAGGACGUGGACGUGGAGGACGUGGACGUGGACGUGGAGGACGUGGACGUGGACGUGGAGGACGAGGACGUGGACGUGGACGUGGACGUGGACGUGGACCUGGACGUGGACGUGGACGUGGACGUGGAUGUGGACAUGGAUGUGGACGUGGACGUGGUCGUGGAGGACAAACGUGGACACGCGGACGUGGACGUGGCCGCGGACGUGGACGCGGACGUGGACGUGGACGAGGACGCGGACGUGGACGAGGACGCGGACGUGGACGAGGACGCGGACGUGGCCGCGGACGUGGACGCGGACGCGGACGUGGACGAGGACGCGGACGUGGACGCGGACGCGGACGCGGACGUGGACGGGGACGCGGACGUGGACACCGACGCGGACAUGGACGUGGACGGGGACGUGGACGUGGACGUGGACGUGGACGUGGACGUUGAUGUGGACGUGGACGUGGACGUGGACGUGGACGUGGACGUGGACGUGGACGUGGACGUGGAGGUGGACGUGGACGUGGACGUGGACGUGGACGGGGACGUGGAGGACGACGUGGACGUGGAGGACGUGGACGUGGACGUGGACGUGGAGGACGUGGACGUGGACGUGGACGUGGACAUGGACGUGCACGUGGACGUGGACGUGGACGUGGACGUGGACGAGGACGUGGACGUGGACGUGAACGUGGACGUGGACGUGGUCGUGAACGUGGACGUGGACGUGGUCGUGGACGUGGUCGUGGACGUGGACGUGGACGUGGACCUGGACCUGGACGUUGACGUGGAAGAGGACGUGGACGUGGACGUGGAGGACAUGGACGUGGACGUGGACGUCGACGUGGACGUAGAAGUGGACGUGGACGUGGACGUGGACGUGGACGUGGACCUGGACGUGGACCUGGACGUGGACGUGGACGAGGACGAGGACGUGGACGUAGACGUUAUGGACGUGGACGUGGACGUGGACGUGGACGAGGACGAGGACGUGGACAAGGACGUGGACGAGGACGUGGACGUGGACGUGGACGUGGACGUGGACAUGGACGAGGACGUGGACGUGGACGUGGACCUGGACCUGGACGUUGACGUGGACGUGGACCUGGACGUGGACGUGGACGUGGACGUGGACGAGGAGGACGUGGACGUGGACGUGGACGUUGACGUGGACGAGGACAUGGACGUUGACGUGGACGUGGACGUGGACGUGGACGUGGACAUGGACGUGGACCUGGACGUGGACGUGGACGUGGACGUGGACGUGGACAUGGACCUGGACCUGGACCUGGACGUGGACGUGCACGUGGACGUGGACGUGGACGUGGAGGACAUGGACGUGGACGUGGAGGUGGACGUAGACGUGGACGUGGACGUGGACGUGGACGUGGACGUGGACGUGGACGUGGACGUGGACGUGGACGAGGACGAGGACGUGGACGUGGACGUGGACGUGGACGUGGACGUGGACAUGGACGUACGCGUGAACGUGGACGUGGACGUGGACGUGGACAUGGACGUGGACAUGGACGUGGACGUGGACGUGGACGUGGACCUGGACGUGGACGUAGACGUGGACGUGGACCUGGACGUGGACGUGGACGUGGACGUGGACGUGGACGUGGACGUGGACGUGGACGUGGACCUGGACGUUGACGUGGACGUGGACGUGGAGGACAUGGACGUGGACGUGGACGUAAACGUGGACGUUGACGUGGACGUAGAAAUGGACGUAGACGUGGACGUGGACGUGGACGUGGAGGUGGACGUGGACGUGGACGUUGACGUGGACGUGGACGUGGACGUGGAGGACAUGGACGUGGACGUGGACGUGGACUUGGACGUGGACGUGGAGGAGGACGAGGACGUGGACGUGGACGUGGACGUGGACGUAGAAAUGGACGUGGACGUGGACGUGUAG